AUGAAAUCAUUUAUAGAAUAUUCUCCAAAUACAGAUUUUCCAAUCGAAAAUCUUCCAUAUGGUGUAUUUACUUCGUCAAAAAAUGCGGAAAAUCAUAUCGGCGCCGCGAUUGGCGAAUGGAUCCUAGAUCUGAAUGUAAUAUCUCAUUUGUUCACCGGUCCCUUGUUGAAAGAUAAACAACUUGUCUUUAAGGAGGGAAAACUCAAUUCGUUUAUGGGUUUGACGAGAUCUCACUGGAUCGAAGCUAGGAGCACGAUACAAAGUCUUUUGGACGUUUCUAACGCGACUUUACAAAAUGACGCCGGCCUCAGAGAAAGAGCAUUUAUCAAACAAAGUGAAGCGAAAAUGCAGGUUCCGGCUGACAUUGGCGAUUACUCUGACUUCUAUUCGUCUAUACAUCACGCUACUAACGUCGGGAUUAUGUUCCGGGGAAAAGAGAACGCUCUUCCGCCCAACUGGAAACACAUACCUAUCGGUUACCACGGUCGCUGCAGCUCCAUCGUUGUAUCGGGCACACCAAUUCAUAGGCCCUAUGGUCAAACGCUGCCUGUCGAUGGUGCCGAGCCGCACUUCGGGCCCUGUCGGCUGAUGGACUUCGAGUUGGAGAUGGCCUGCUUCGUGGGGGGCCCGCCCACUAGGCUCGGCGAGAGGGUCACCGCGAAACAGGCCGAGGAGAGACUCUUCGGGUUCGUUCUCAUGAACGACUGGAGCGCUCGUGACAUACAGAAGUGGGAGUACGUCCCGCUGGGGCCGUUCACCGCCAAGAACGUGGGCACCUCGGUGUCCCCGUGGGUGGUCACCGUCGAGGCGCUGCGCCCCUACAUCGUGGACAACUACCCACAGGAUCAACCCCCCUUCCCCUACUUGAGGCACGACGACAAAUUCAACUUCGACAUAAAGCUGGAGGUCGACUUGAAACCCGAGACUUCACCAGUAGCAACGACCAUCAGCCGCUCCAACUACCGCUUUCUAUACUGGACGGUGAAGCAACAACUGGCCCAACAGACCGUCACUGGGUGCAAUCUCCGCCCAGGAGACCUACUCGGGUCAGGCACCAUCAGCGGCGAUACUUCUGACUCUUACGGGAGUAUGCUGGAACUAAGCUGGAAAGGAACAAAGCCCCUGCGCUUGCUUAAUGGCGAAGAAAGAAAGUUCUUACAAGAUGGCGACACGAUCACAUUGCGCGGCUAUUGCCUCAGUGAAAAUGGCGUCCGAAUUGGUUUCGGCAGUUGUGAGGGAAAAUUACUUCCAGCUGUGCCGUUUCAAGAA